CUGUGGCUUGUCCUCAACGUUCCUCCUCCCUAAGCCUAACAUGUCACUCUUCCCUAACACGAAUACCAACACAGGUUCGACGUCCGGUGGAGGGCUCUUUGGUAACACCCAAGGCAGUGGAAGCUCUUCCGGCACGACGAAUAUCUUUGGAGGUUCAAACUUCGGAGCUCCCCCAUCUACCGGGGGCAGUCUAUUCGCUAACACAUCCAAUGCACCAGGUAGCUCAGGAAAUACAGGAGGAAGCGUCUUUGGUAGCACGCCUUCGACGGGGACUGGAGGCAGUAUCUUAGGUGGCGGCAACACUAGUUCAACUACGCCUUCAACUGGUGGUGGACUCUUUGGAUCAACAGCACCAGCAGCUUCAGGUACCAACGCUCCAACAGGAGGAGGAUCUGUAUUUGGAGGAUCCGGCGCGACGACUACCCCUGGUGCUAGUUCAUUAUUCGGAGGAUCGAAACCAGCAACCUCAGGCAGCACAUCUGGCACAGGCACCGGCUCGCUCUUUGGAGGCGCAGGCAGUACCGCACCUUCUGGUACUGGUGCUACCCCCAGUGCUGGGUCUACCUCGCUCUUUGGGGGCUCCAACACAGCUCAGUCUUCAAGUGCCCCCGCCUCAGGGACUACAAACAUCUUUGGGGGAGGUAUCUUCGGUCAGAAGCCCAUAGAUCAAGCCGGCUCGUCAAUUCCUAAACCUGCUACCCCAAGCAUAUUUGGCCAACCAGCCUCAACUGGCGCAGCUGCAACGUCUGCAACCACCACCGCACCCUCCGGCGGCCUCUUUGGAAACCUACCGAAGCCGGCGGAGGGAGCAGCUACCACUCCAGCCGCUAGCACCUCAACCCCUGCUGGAGGACUGUUCGGAGGCUUGUUUGGUCAAAAGCCAGCAACUCCUGCACCAACAACAACUACGGGUCCAUCUACAGGGCCGACACUCCCAUCAUUCAGCUUGGGCGGAACUAAGGAUACAUCGAAAGAUGGCGCGGCGCCAGCUACUACCGGUCUGUUUGGCCAGCCUUUAAGCAAGGAUACGGGCAAGCUUGAGGAAAAGAAAGAUGGUGCAGCAGCCCCUGCACCGGCGUUCAGCCUAUUCGGCGCCAAAAAAGAUGGUACAACUGCAGCUUCUGCUUUUACAUUAGGCGGUAUUGGUGCUACAAAACCUGCGACACCUGCACCUGCAACAACUACUCCAGCUGUAUCCGUUCCACCUCCCUCCAUGCUCAGGGGUAAAACAAUAGAAGAGAUCGUAAACCGAUGGUCUUCAGAACUCGAAACUCACGUAAGGGAGUUUAACAAGUUCGCUGGCGAGGUAGCAGUGUGGGAUCGUGCGUUGAUUGAGAACGGUAACAAUUUGGCUGCUCUAUAUUCCGUCGUUCUAGCAGCAGACCGAGAGCAAAAUGACAUCGACCAAUCUCUCGACCAUAUAGAACAACAACAAAAAGAUCUUUCAUCAACAUUGGAGGCAUACGAGAAAGUUACAGAAGAGAUUAUUGGCGGCCAGGGCGGAAGCCUACGAGCGCUGGACACUGGUCCUGCAGAUACGGAGCGCGACAAGAAGUACAUCUUUGUUAUCGAGUCCAGUUUCAAGUGGCUAAUCCUUGAUCUUCGCAGUUACAUGCUUGCCACGGAAUUGCAUGGUCAUCUUGAUGAUCUUUCAAAUUCACUGGUCGAGAUGAUCGAGUCAGUGAAUGCACUGUCCACGUCUUCGGGCACGGAUACCACUGCGACCGAAGACCCAGUUGGUCAGAUUGCGCAGAUAUUGAGUAGCCAUCUGGAGAGUCUACAGUGGAUAGAUGGUGCAGUCAAGGAAGUUGAGAGCAAACUUGGCGACGUUGAGCGAAGAGUACGAGGAGCCAGCGAGAGUGGAGGACAAGCAGGUGGAUUUAAAUCGCGUGGAUACGGUUUGGGUAGAUAAACAAAACCCAUGAUCUUGUUUCUUGUCACUUUACCUUUCUUUCUUCUCGUAUGAAUCUUGUACAUGGGUUGCUGCAGCACAUCUCAGGUGAGAAAUAAAGGAACCAAUGGAAAACGAACAUCGAUGUCAUACCCACAGAAU